AAUGGAAAUCCACUCCAGUAUUCUUGCCUGGAAAGUCCUGUAGACAGAGGAGCCUGGCGGGCUACAGUCCGUGGGAUAUUAGAAUCGGACACGACUGAGCGACUAACAGUCAAGUUCUCUGCGUCCUUUCCCCUACGUCCUCCCCGGCCCCUGCCCGGCUCCGGCGCCCCUCCCGCUGGGCUCCCGGCCUCAGUUUCCUUCCCUUCCCGGCCCCUUCCUCUGCCAGCGGCCCUUCUCGAGGGCAGACGCGGGCCGAAAGGAUCCCAACCCGGCCUCGCUCCUGGGCCGUGCGACGCCCGGGCCACAGGGGACCGCUCUCCUCCUGGGCCGGCCUCCGGCCUUUCUUCUGGGGCCCGAUUUGGAGGCUGGACUUCCUCCAAUCCCUGUUGGUUCUGGACCUUUACAGUCGCUCGCCAGGGCCUCCCGCGCCCCUCGUUAAGGGACCGACCGAGUCCCCCGAAGCGGUGACUCUGGGAGCCCCACGCGGGCAGAGAGCUGGGGUCCAAGUAGGGCAGGGGAUCCCCGGUGGCCUGGAUGCCCGGGCGUUCGCGCUGGGCCGGGAGGCCGCAGGGCCCGGCGCGGGGUCACCUGCUGGAGCCCCGGCCUCGCCCACACGGGGCUCUCUAGACACCCAGGCCUCUGCCACCUUGCGCCCGAGGAGGCGCUUGGAGGUCUCAGCUCGCAGUGGGAGAACGCUAUCGAGGGCCGGGGCUGACAGCGGCGCUUCCCCAGCCCUUCCUCCCAGACAGCCAGACACCCACCGCAGAGGCCUUUUUUUGGCAGCGGGCGGGCGGGGUUUCCCAGGACUGCGGCGGAGGCCGGAGGGAAAGCUGAAGGACUUCCCUGAGUUGAAAGAAGCCGUGCAGCCAUCUUUGUCCCUGGAAAUUCUUCCCCUUGGCCAGAUCUCCUGGGGAGGUGCCAGGCCGGCUUGAGCCUUGGUGAGCUCUGGGGCCCCAGGAACAUGGACACUCUCAAUAGGAACCAAGUGGGCCCUGGAUGUAAGACCCCGGGCCUGGUGCAGAAAGGACCCUUGGACCUGAUCGAAACAGGCAAAGGGCUGAAAGUGCAGACGGACAAACCCCAUCUGGUGAGCCUGGGCAGCGGGCGGCUCAGCACGGCCAUCACCCUUCUGCCACUGGAGGAAGGGAGGACCGUGAUUGGCUCUGCAGCCAGGGACAUCUCACUGCAGGGUCCAGGCCUGGCUCCGGAGCACUGCUACAUCGAGAACCUGCGGGGCACCCUCACCCUCUACCCCUGCGGCAAUGCCUGCACUAUUGAUGGGCUCCCGGUCCGGCAGCCCACUCGCCUCACUCAGGGCUGCAUGUUGUGUCUGGGUCAGUCCACCUUCCUCCGCUUUAACCACCCAGCUGAAGCCAAGUGGAUGAAGAGCAUGAUCCCGGCAGGGGGCCGGGCCCCUGGCCCCCCGUAUGGUCCUGGCCCAGAAUCAGAAAGCCUGGUGAACGGGAACCACACCCUACAGCAUGCAAGCCGGGGACCCUCUGCCUGUGGCAGCCACAGUUCCCUGGUGAGCUCUAUUGAGAAGGACCUGCAGGAAAUCAUGGACUCAUUGGUGCUAGAGGAGCCUGGAGCUGCUGGCAAGAAGCCUGCCGCAACGUCCCCACUCUCACCAAUGGCCAAUGGCGGGCGCUACCUGCUGUCCCCCCCAACCAGCCCGGGUGCCAUGUCUGUGGGCUCCAGCUAUGAGAACACUUCUCCAGCUUUCUCUCCACUCUCCUCGCCAGCCAGUAGUGGGAGCUGUGCCAGCCACUCACCCAGUGGGCAGGAACCAGCACCUUCCCUGCCCCCCCUGGUGCCUGCCCGGUCCUCCAGCUACCACCUAGGCCUGCAGCCCCCACAGUCCCGACCGAGCGGCGCUCGCCCCGCUGAGAGCCCUCGGCUGGGCAGGAAGGGGGGUCACGAGAGGCCUCCCAGCCCUGGUCUCCGAGGUCUGCUGACAGACAGCCCUGCAGCCACCGUCCUGGCCGAGGCCCGCAGAGCCACCGAGAGCCCCCGGCCGGGUGGGCAGCUGCCUGUGGUGGCGAUCAGUCUGAGUGAAUACCCGGCUUCCGGUGCCCGGGGCCCGCCCACCAGCAUUCCUGGCAGCCCCAAGUUUCAGCCGCCAGUCCCUGCUCCCCGAAACAAGAUUGGCACGCUCCAGGACCGCCCCCCUAGCCCUUUCCGGGAGCCACCAGGCGCUGAGCGGGUGCUGACCACCAGCCCCUCACGCCAGCUGGUAGGCCGAACGUUUUCGGAUGGCUCAGCCACACGUACCCUGCAGCCUCCAGAGAGCCCCCGCCUAGGCCGGCGGGGCCUGGACAGCAUGAGAGAACUGCCUCCCUUGAGCCCAUCUCUGUCCCGCAGGGCGCUCUCCCCCGUGUCCACCCGGACUGCCCCAGAUCCCAAACUAACCAGGGAAGUGGCAGAAAGCCCCCGCCCCCGGCGCUGGGCAGCCCACGGGGCUUCACCGGAGGACUUCUCCCUGACGCUGGGGGCCCGGAGCCGUAGGACACGGAGCCCCUCGCCCACACUCGGGGAGUCCCUAGGACCCCGCAAGGGCAGCUUCAGCGGCAGGCUGAGCCCGGCUUACAGCCUGGGCUCCUUGACUGGGGCUUCACCCCGCCAGAGCCCCCGCGCCCAGAGGAAGCUCUCCAGUGGGGACCUGCGGGUGCCUGUCACCCGGGAGCGGAAAAACAGCAUCACGGAGAUCAGUGACAAUGAGGAUGACCUCCUGGAGUACCACCGGCGGCAGCGCCAAGAGCGGCUUCGGGAGCAGGAGAUGGAGAGGCUGGAACGCCAGCGCCUAGAGACCAUCCUGAACCUGUGCGCCGAGUACAGCCGGGCUGACGGGGGACCUGAGGCCGGGGAGCUGCCUAGCAUAGGGGAGGCGGCCGCAGCCCUGGCCCUGGCCGGUCGGAGGCCCUCACGAGGCCUUGCGGCGGGCACUGGGGCCCCGGGGCGCGGCAGCGAGGAGCCUGGAGGCGCCGCCCAGCGCCUGUGGGAGAGUGUGGAGCGCUCAGACGAGGAGAAUCUCAAGGAAGAGUGCAGCAGCACUGAGAGCACCCAGCAGGAGCACGAGGAUGCCCCCAGCGCCAAGCUCCAGGGAGAGAUGCUGGCCCUGGAAGAGGAGCGGGCUCAGGUGCUGGGGCGAGUAGAGCAGCUCAAAGUCCGGGUGAAGGAGCUGGAGCAGCAGCUGCAGGAGUCGGCCCGAGAGGCUGAAAUGGAGCGGGCGCUACUGCAGGGGGAGAGGGAGGCCGAGCGGGCGCUGCUGCAGAAAGAGCAGAAGGCGGUGGACCAGCUGCAGGAGAAGCUGGUGACCUUGGAGACGAGCAUCCAGAAGGAGAGGGACAAGGAGAGGGCGGAGCUGGCCGCGGGACGGAGGCACCUGGAGGCCCGCCAGGCGCUCUACGCCGAGCUCCAGACGCAGCUCGAUAACUGCCCCGAGUCAGUGCGGGAACAGUUACAGGAGCAGCUGAGAAGGGAGGCCGAGGCCCUGGAGACGGAGACGAAGCUCUUCGAGGACUUGGAGUUCCAGCAGCUGGAGCGGGAGAGCCGCGUGGAGGAAGAGCGCGAGCUGGCGGGCCAGGGGCUGCUCCGGAGCAAGGCCGAACUGCUCCGCAGCAUCGCCAAGAGGAAGGAGCGCCUGGUGGUCCUGGACAGUCAGGCUGGGCAGAUCCGGUCCCAGGCUGUGCAGGAGUCUGAACGCCUAGCCCGGGAUAAGAAUGCUGCCCUGCAGCUGCUGCAGAAGGAGAAGGAGAAACUGGCUAUGCUGGAAAGAAGAUACCACUCGCUUACAGGCGGCCGGCCUUUCCCAAAGACCACAUCCACCCUCAAAGAGGCUGACCUGCUCAUCUCCGAGUUCUCAGAGGUGGGGCUGGGGACGGCAGCUCUGGGCCCCUUCCCAGAGUCUUCUCAGGCUGGGGCCUCCUCUCUUCCCUUAACCCCACCUGCUUCCACUCAGCUCUGCCUCAAAGCACAAGAGGAGUAUGUGAGCCUGGCAGAGGUUCUCCACCUGUGCUCCCGCUUGGACCCCCAUGCUUCUGCCACUUCCCCCAGCGCGCUCGCUCAGCCCCUGCCCGACAGUGAGUACGUGACGCUUGAGCAGCUAAAGGUGAUGUGGGGCACCUCGCCAGUGCCCACAGGCCCCACGCCGGGCCUGCCUCCCUGGGCCCCUGCCUCCCAGGACCUGGUUCCCACCACCUGCCUUCCUCCCGCGCUGCCCUCCUCCUCCUCCUUCGCUUCUGUCACGCCUUCGCCCCAGAUGGAGAAGCUGCUGCUCCCUGCUGUAGACUUAGAGCAGUGGUACCAGGAGCUGAUGGCCGGGCUGGGGACGGGCCCUGCUGCCGCCUCCCCUCGCUCCUCCCCCCCGCCUCUGCCCGCCAAAGCUUCCCGCCAGCUGCAGGUUUACCGCUCCAAGAUGGAUGGCGAGGCCACCAGCCCCCUGCCCCGCACCCGCAGUGGGCCGCUCCCCUCCUCCUCUGGCUCGUCAUCUUCCUCCUCCCAGCUCAGCGUGGCUACCUUGGGCCGCAGCCCCUCACCCAAGAGCACUCUGCUUGCCCAGAACGGCACCAGCAGCCUUCCUCGCAACCUGGCAGCCACACUGCAGGACAUCGAGACCAAGCGCCAGCUGGCCCUGCAGCAGAAGGUCGAGUCGCUUCCUGCCGAGCCCCUCCCAACCGACGACCCAGCAGGGCAGCAGGUGAUCGAGGAGCAGCGGCGGCGGCUGGCGGAGCUGAAGCAGAAGGCGGCGGCUGAGGCGCAGUGCCAGUGGGACGCCCUGCACGGGGCGGCGCCCUUUCCCACCGGGCCCGCGGGCUUCCCGCCACUCAUGCACCACUCCAUCCUGCACCACCUGCCGGCCUCGCGGGAGCGAGGCGAGGAGGGUGAGCACGCCUACGACACGCUGAGCCUGGAAAGCUCCGACAGCAUGGAGACCAGCAUCUCCACGGGGGGCAACUCAGUCUGCUCCCCCGACAACAUGUCCAGCGCUAGUGGCCUGGACAUGGGGAAGAUUGAGGAAAUGGAGAAGAUGCUGAAAGAAGCUCACGCGGAGAAGAGCCGACUGAUGGAGUCGAGGGAACGUGAGAUGGAGCUGAGGCGGCAGGCCCUGGAGGAGGAACGGAGGCGGCGGGAGCAGGUUGAACGGAGGUUGCAGAGCGAGAGCGCCCGGAGGCAGCAGCUCGUGGAGAAGGAGGUCAAGAUGCGGGAGAAGCAGUUCUCACAGGCACGACCCCUGACCCGUUACCUGCCAAUCCGGAAGGAAGACUUUGACCUGAAGACCCACAUCGAGUCAUCAGGCCAUGGUGUGGAUACCUGUCUGCACGUGGUGCUCAGCAGCAAGGUCUGCCGUGGCUACUUGGUCAAGAUGGGCGGCAAGAUCAAGUCAUGGAAGAAGCGCUGGUUUGUCUUUGACCGGCUCAAGCGCACCCUUUCCUAUUACGUGGACAAGCAUGAGACGAAGCUGAAGGGGGUCAUCUACUUCCAGGCCAUCGAAGAGGUGUACUAUGACCACCUGCGCAGUGCCGCCAAGAAGAGGUUUCUGAGCUUCACUAUGGUGACUGAGAGCCCGAACCCGGCCCUCACCUUCUGCGUGAAGACCCACGACCGGCUGUACUACAUGGUGGCCCCCUCUGCAGAGGCCAUGCGCAUCUGGAUGGACGUCAUUGUCACAGGGGCAGAGGGCUACACUCAGUUUAUGAACUGACUGAAUGGGGCCCCCUGGACCCAGGAGCCAUACCCAGCCGCCUGCUGCCCCGCCUGCCUCCAGACAGGGAGUUGCGCCCUGGGCUCCCAGAGGCCCUGGAGGGCGGAGCACGACUGGGGCUUUUGUACAAGAAGAGACUCUGUAAUGUUCUGGAAGGAGCUCGUCCUGUGGGUUUCUGAGUUCUGGCCCCCCCUGAAAAACCAGCCAGGAGAUAAAAGUUGAGGAGGGGGCUUUGCUGCCUCCGUGGAGCCCAGAACUUGCAAUAGCCUGUUAGGGUCCUGCCCUGGGACCUACCCAGGCUGAGGCGCUAUCACAGAGGGGGCCCCUCCUGGCACCUGUGCUCCCUGCCUGCGUUCUCUUUUCUAAAGGACACGUUAUGGUACCAGAAUCUGCCAAAGAUCCCCUCUUGCCUCAGCCCCCGUUGCAGGGGCCUUGAGGGCUGAGUAGCACCACAUCCAGAGUGGGGUAACAGCUCAGGCGGUGUAAUUCUCAAACCCUGCUCUAUCCCAUUCUUGUGCCGCAUUUGUAUUUUUUAUGAUUUUUGCUCAAGGACCAGAGACUGAGUGUCAUCCUUGAGGUCCCAGCCCUCGCCCCUUUUUGCAGACCCAUCACCACAGUCCCCAUAGUGACUGCUUCAUCGCCAUGGUUACAUACUGAUUGCCAUGGCUGUGGCUCAGCCCACUGCUUCAGCUGUGGGCCCAUCUGAGGGUACGUGCCAUCAUCUCUCCAGCCCAGGCCCUUGGGCAUCUCCUGCUGGGGAUGGGGGAAGGGACUAAACACCUUCACCCUCCCCCCUGCCUGUGUCUCCAGGCCCUGAUACACAGCCUACUGGCUCCCCCAUCCAGCCCUCCCCCUUCCACUCGUGCCUUGCUUAGAGCCAGAAGGGACGAAGCCGGGAACUGGAGGCCAGAGGAGGAGCCAUCGGAUGGGAGAAGGAGCUAGAAGGGCCAUCCUCGGGGUUCUGGUAUAUGGCUGAGUUUCUGAUGGACAGAGGGCUGUACAGAUGCUCCCUGGAGGAAGUCUUGAGCAGGAGGGGGAGCCCGAGGGUCUGGUUGCCCUCCCCUCAGAAUGGGGAUGAAAUGAAGAGCAGAGGCCCAGGCCUCCAGGUGUCUGGGCUCAGCCCUUUGCGCCUUAACACUAAGCCCACCUCCCUGUCCCCCUUCCCAGCCCUGGACCAUGGUUGCCAGGCCUGGGCUGGAUGUUUUUCAGUAUUUGCAAGCAUCUCAGCAGAACAAUAAAGCAUUUGGACUAUG